GACCGACUUCCAUCUCCUGACGAAAGCUGCUGAUCCAAUAACGCAAUGACCACCUUAAAAGACCCCUCCAUCACCCCCUCCACAUUCUCUACCACGCGCUUUGAUUAUUUAAUCGUGGGUGGGGGCACUGCCGGUCUCGUCGUUGCGGCCCGUCUUUCUGAAGCCAGGGGAUCUUCCAUCACGGUUGGGGUGCUGGAAGCGGGGCCGAAAUCUCUUGACGACCCGCUCAUCAAUGUGCCUGGUCGAUUUGGAGAAUCCCUGGGUGGUCAGUACGACUGGCGGUUCGAAACUGUCCCGCAACCAGGCCUCAAUGGGAGGAGGCUGCUUUGGCCGCGCGGGAGAGUUCUUGGCGGGACGAGCGCUCUGAAUUUCAUGACCUGGACGAGAGGAAACAGGGAAGACUAUGAUGCAUGGGAAGAGCUCGGGAAUGAAGGAUGGGGGUGGGACGGCAUGUUGCCCUUCUUCAAAAGAACAGAAACACUCCACCAAUCAAGCCCCAAACAUCAAUCUCAACACCAAUCACACUUCAACACCGAGUUUCACGGCACAGAUGGGCCAAUCAGUAGCAUUUACUCCAAAGAUUUCUCUGCCCCACAUCAACACUGGCACGCUACGCUGAACAAUCUUGGAUUGGAGACGAACAAAAGCCACUUUUCAGGGUCGAAUCUAGGCGCAUUUACGACACUGACGUCUGUGGAUCCGGAUACGCGGACUAGGGCGUCUUCCGCAACCGCAUAUUAUCUACCGAAUCUUGGGCGAAGUAAUCUCCAUGUGCUUCCAGACGCAACCGUUCACAGAGUGUUAUUGGAAGGUAGAGAUGAUGAGUGGGUGGCAACUGGCGUUGCAUAUGCUUGUGGUGGUCAAGAGUUCGUCGUGAGGGCCGCACGUGAAGUCAUUCUUUGUGCCGGCAGCGUGCAGUCGCCCCAAGUCCUUGAACUCUCCGGCAUCGGAAAUCCAGAAAUCUUGGAGGCAGCAGGCAUUUCUGUGAAAGUAGCGAACUCAAAUGUUGGGGAAAAUCUACAAGAGCAUAUGAGAAAUAACCAGUUAUCAGUGACGGCAGCAAUCUACGAGCUCCCAUCCGAUCUUAUUGGGCCCGACGAACUCCGCGCAGAUUCCGUUCUCGCAGCCGCCGCCCAAGAAGCCUACAAAACCUCCCAAUCUGGGGUCUAUGCUAUGCUUCCCUGCGCCCUCGGCUACGCCUCACUCUCGCAGGUUAUUCCCUCCCCGAAACUCAGAUGGAUUCUUAGCAACCUUCCCACAGCAGAAACUUCACGUGAUAAAAUCUUAUCAAAACAGUUCACAAACUCGAAACGCGGACAGAUAGAAUAUCUUUUCGACUUGGGCAACUGGUCCCCAUAUUUCAAGUCCGAGCCGGGGAGGGUUUAUGGGACGAUGCUUAUGAUGCUUCAACUUCCCCUGUCUAAAGGAAGUAUACACAUCACUUCAUCCUCCAUAAAUGACAAACCAGCUAUCGAUCCAAAGUAUUUCGAAGGCCCCGGUGGUGAAUUGGACUUCUCCAUUAUGUCUUACUGUCAACGCUUUGCUGACAAGAUCUGUCGCACUUCGCCAUUAUCUAGCAUCAUACAAAAGCGUGUGUACCCUCCCGAGUCAUUUUUUCCUUCUCCGUCCGAAUACAAAGAAGAUUUUACUUCUUGGAUUCGCUCCUCUUGCAUUACAGACUGGCAUCCCAUCGGCACCUGCGCGAUGGGCGGACAUGAAGGCAUUAAAGCCGGAGUCGUGGAUGCAAGAUUAAGGGUCUAUGGCGUGAAAAGAUUGAGAGUUGCGGAUGCCAGUGUGAUGCCCUUGCAUAUUUGUAGUCAUCCACAGGCAACAGUUUAUGCGAUUGGAGAGAAAGCUGCGGAGAUGAUACUCAACGAUUGGGGAUCGUGA